AUUGAACAUAGUUCCUAACAAGGAUUAUCUAUCUAUUAGAAGAUUAAGAAGGAUUAGUGAAAAAUAUGGCGCUUAUCUAAGUAUAAAAGAAAAUGAAAGAUAAAUAAAACACUUCUGUAGAGUCAACAAUGAUUAGCUGGGCUGUACUUCUUUUAGGCGCCGCUGCCGCAUCAGCAGCGGUCCCCAAGACCAACCGAAUCGUCGGUGGACAGAUCACUUCCAUCGAGGAGCAUCCUUCCAUCGUGCAGCUGGACUACCUUGGUCAGCUCAGUGGAACUUGGGCCCAAAUUUGCGGGGGAACCAUCCUGAACCAAGACUUUGUUGUCAGUGCCGCUCAUUGCACAGACAACAACGGUGCUGCCAACCACCGAGUUCGUGCCGGCUCCGCCAUCCGCAACAGUGGAGGUCAGCUCGUCUACGUCUCUUACUACCGGAACCACCCCGACUACGGCAAGAAAGAAGACUUUGACUGUGACAUCACCUUGAUCAGACUGGCUAAGAGACUGACCUUCGGUGCUUCGGUUCAGCCAGCUCCUAUCAAUGCUGCGGGGUCUGAGAUACCUGACGGAACCGCCGUCGUCCACGCUGGAUGGGGUGACAUGGAGCAAGGUGCAAUGACUCCAUCGCUAUAUCUGCGUGACGUGACUGUGUACACCAUCAACCAUGCCGAAUGCGUUUAUCGCUACGAAGACUACGAGACCCAUGUGACUGACAACAUGAUUUGUGUUGGCAUCCUGGAUGUUGGAGGCAAGGAAACGUGUCAAGGAGAUUCUGGAGGCCCUCUGUACCUGAACGGUAUCCUUGUGGGUAUUGUGUCGUGGGCCAGUGGCUGUGCUGACCCGUAUUACCCAGGGGUCAAAACUAAGGUGUCUGCUUUCACCAAUUGGAUCCUAGAAAAUGCGAAGUAGAUGUGGUGGUGGCAUCCUGUUUCAACUAGAAUGCAAGCCAAACUGAAUAUGCCACAGUCAAGCAUGAUUAAAUGAUUCAUUUUUUA